AUGGUCCACCUGUCCACCGUCGCCAAAGAAUCCCACGGCCACCGGCGUCAGCGUGAGGAACUCGAUGCCCAGGCAGCGGCUGUGUCACCUUACGUGUACGGCACGCGCUACGCAAUUGAAGAGCUGCCCGAGCAUACCAUGUCAGAGCACGAGAUGCCAGCCUCGGUCGCAUACCGGAUGAUCAAGGAUGAGUUGAGUCUCGAUGGAAAUCCUCUCCUCAACCUGGCAAGCUUCGUCACCACCUACAUGGAGGAUGAAGUCCAACAGCUCAUGUCCGACGCCAUGAGCAAGAACUUCAUCGACUACGAACAGUAUCCACAGACGGCUCACAUCCAGAACCGCUGCGUCAAUAUGAUCGCUGGCUUGUUUCAUGCGCCCACUAUCAACGACCCCACCAAUGAGCAGGACGCCAUCGGCACCUCCACGGUCGGAUCCUCCGAAGCCAUCAUGCUCGCCAUGCUGGCUAUGAAGAAACGCUGGCAAAAUAAGCGCAAGGAAGCUGGGAAGGACUGGUCGCGUCCGAACAUCAUCAUGAACAGCGCGGUGCAGGUCUGUUGGGAGAAAGCAGCGCGGUAUUUCGAGGUCGAGGAAAAGUAUGUGUAUUGCACAGAUACCCGAUAUGUCAUUGACCCCAAAGAGGCGGUGGAUCUGGUCGACGAGAACACGGUGGGAAUCUGUGCUAUCCUAGGGACAACGUAUACCGGACAGUAUGAGGAUGUCAAGGCCAUUAAUGACCUGCUGGUGGCUAAGAAUAUCGACUGCCCGAUUCAUGUCGACGCGGCCAGCGGCGGCUUUGUGGUGCCCUUUGUCAACCCCGAGCUGGAGUGGGACUUUCGUCUGGAAAAAGUCAUAUCCAUCAACGUCUCAGGGCACAAAUAUGGCCUGGUCUAUCCUGGCGUCGGCUGGGUGUUCUGGCGCGCCCCAGAGAACCUCCCAAAGGAGCUCAUCUUCAACAUCAAUUAUCUGGGCGCCGAGCAGGCCAGCUUCACGCUGAACUUUUCCAAGGGCGCCCCCCACGUCAUUGGGCAAUAUUACCAACUGAUUCGGUUGGGACGACACGGCUUUCGAUCCAUCAUGACCAACCUCACGCAGAUCUCGGACUACCUGGCGGCGGAACUUCAGAAACUGGGUUUCAUCAUCAUGAGUGAUGGUGGUGGUCGCGGCCUCCCUCUCGUGGCAUACCGAUUACCCGAGCAGGAGGACCGGCUGUACGACGAAUAUGCUCUGGCCCAUGUGCUCCGUCGUCGGGGCUGGGUGAUUCCGGCAUAUACCAUGGCCCCCAAGAGCAGUCAACUGAAAAUGAUGCGGAUUGUGCUGCGCGAGGAUUUCAGUCUGCAUCGCUGCAACCUGCUGGUGGAAGACAUCCGACUGGCGCUAAAGACGUUGGAGGAGAUGGACGAGACCAUGAUCAAGCGGUACAGCACCUACAUCCAAACCCAUGCCACGCGCGGACCCCAAGGUCAUCCGGUCUAUGGAAACGAGCAGCAUUCCCUCCAGGGGAAGUCGGGGAAAACGCAUGCGGUCUGUUGA